AUGAGUGAAUCCGCUGCUCAGAAUUUGGAGCGAUGUUACGUGCUGACAUAUCUUCAGGAUGCUAUUGCUCAAUUACUUGAACAUCGAGGGCACAAUUCAAAAGUCUAUCCCAUGAUCAUGGGGAUCCUAGCUUAUAUGGGCUGCACUUCAAAAUCGUUUCUCUCUCGUAAAACUACUUGUCGCUGUUUCAAACCUAUUUGUCAUCGGGGAGACCUUCUCAACAUCAGGGAAUACCAUUCUCUUGUCACUCUCAUAUGUCCUGAUUUUCCUCUCAAAACUAUUCAGGAAACGGCUCGAAUCAUACUAAGUGAUGAUUUGAUGGAUUGCUUGGUGGCUUUUCGCGACUCUAUGUAUGCCGUUCAAGUGCAACUGUGUAUGAAGAGUUUCUCAAGCGCUGCCCUGAGGUAUACUCAAGUGUCUUGGCUGCAUGCUGCUAUUAGAGCCAACUGA